AUGUUGACCGCCACCGCCUCCCAACACCCCCACCGCUCCGCCCUCGCCACCCUCCGCUACUCCUUUUUUUGGCUUCUCAUCGCCCUCCUAAUCCUCUACCUCCUCUACUCCUCCAAACUCCUCCUUAAUCAAACCGAAUGCGGACACUUUAGCAAUCACCUCUCCACCACCGAAAACCUCCAAAACGCCACCGACCUCGCCGGAAUCUCGUCACCCAUUCCCCGGUUCGAUACUGAGCUCAAACACAUCGUAUUCGGCAUUGCCGCCUCCUCCGGUCUAUGGCGAUGGCGGAAAGAAUACAUCAAGCUAUGGUGGAGACCCGGAGAGACACGUGGCGCGGUUUGGAUCGAUAACCAAGUCCGAAUGAAGAAAAAUGAAAGCUUGCCGGAAAUCCACGUCUCCAGGGACACGUCCAAAUUCCGGUACACAAACCGUCAGGGAACCAGAUCGGCGAUCCGGAUUUCGAGGGUGGUUUCGGAGACGAUGAAGCUGGGGUUGGAAGAUGUGAGGUGGUUGGUGAUGGGAGAUGAUGACACUGUGUUUAUUUUGGAGAAUUUGGUGAGGAUUUUGUCGAAAUAUAACCAUGAACAGUAUUAUUAUAUCGGAAGUUCGUCGGAAAGCCAUGUGCAGAACAUAUUUUUCUCGUAUACGAUGGCGUACGGUGGUGCUGGAUUCGCGAUUAGUUAUCCAUUGGCAUUGGAGCUGGAAAAGAUGCAAGAUCGGUGUAUUCAGAGGUACCCAAGUCUGUAUGGAAGUGAUGAUCGGAUUCAGGCGUGCAUGGCAGAGCUUAAUGUUCCCCUCACUAAAGAAAUAGGGUUUCAUCAGUUUGAUGUAUAUGGAAACCUUUUGGGUCUUUUGGGAUCGCAUCCCGUAGCUCCAUUGGUCUCGCUCCACCAUCUUGAUAUAGUCGAUCCCGUGUUCCCUGGCAUGAGCCGAACCGAAUCCCUUCGACACUUGCUCGAAGCCGCAAAAUACGAUUCCGCCAGUAUCGCACAACAAUCCAUAUGCUACGACAAGACUCGAGAGUGGUCCAUUUUGGUUUCGUGGGGUUUCGCGAUCCAAAUAGUCCGUGGAAUGGUCUCUCCACGAGAGCUUGAUUUCCCGACUCGCACGUUCCUUAAUUGGUACAAAAAGCUUGAUUAUAUGGCAUACGCAUUCAAUACUAGACCCGUAACAAGACACCCAUGUCAGAAGGCUUUCGUGUUUUACAUGAGUCGAACGAUGUAUGAUAAAGCCCGGAAGAAGAUCAUCGGGAUCUAUACUUUGCACAACGAACGACACCCGACUUGUCGAUGGAAGAUGGAAUCGCCGGAGAAAAUUGAUAAUAUCGUCGUCUUAAAGAGUCCAGAUAAUCAUCGUUGGCAAAAGGCACCAAGAAAAGAUUGUUGUAGAAUCUUGCCUUCAACCAAGAAAGGAACGAUGUAUUUGUGGGUCGAUGGAUGUCGAAAAGGUGAGGUUGUCGAAUGGCAGAGUUCUAAAAGUGUUCCAUAA